AUUUGAUCGACCCGACCAUGCCCAACUCAUAACAUCACCCACGCGCUGACUACCAACGUCAGACGCCAACAUACACCAGCAGCCAUGGACCCACCAAUCGUCGACACAGGGCCUUCCUCCUCGCCCCUCUUCGCCUCCACCCAGCCGCCCACCCCGUCCAACCCCCUCCUGCGCAUUCGAAUAAACAACAUGUCUUCCGAACAGGGCUCUCCUAUACCCACUCUACGGCAGCACUAUGUCCCCACCCGAUUCGCAACCGCUGUCCCCGUCGGCGUCGUACCGCAUACCUUGCCCGUCAUCAGGAUAUUCGGUACCACCCCGUCCUUGCAAAAAGUUUGCGCAAACAUACAUCUGUGCUACCCGUACUUCUACGUGCCAUUCCCCAUGGACUCGUCCGAUCCUCUCAGACCGGAAAGGGUGGUGAAACUGUGCCAGCGCUUCGCUGUUUCGCUCAAUCAUGCGAUCUGUCUCGCCCUGCGGCAAAACCCUUCGUCUAUGGGCAACAGUACCCGGUUCGGAGGAGGUGUCGACCCGAAGCACCUACACGUCGUGUCUGUCAUGCUCGUCAAGGGCACCCCCUUCUACGGCUACCACAUGGGCUACAGCUAUUACAUGAAAGUCAGCUUGGCCAAUCCGGCUAGGAUGUAUGUCGCCCUGGAGCAGCUGAGAAAGCCAAAUGUCUUGGGCCGAGAGUGGCAGCCGCACGAGGCGCAUUUGAAUCAUGUGCUGCAGUUCAUGUGUGAUUUUGAUCUGUAUGGUUGUGGGUGGUUGGAUCUUGCUGGCGGCACAUUCAGAGAACCUGUCCCUGAGGGUGACCCCUACGAAUCGCCUCCCAACCUGCCUCGUGGGACACUUGGUAUCCUCAACUCGCUCACCAUCCCUGAUUCCAUGUUUUACGCUCCCGGUCUCUCGCCUUCCAAAGAGUCAUACACCGGGCUUGAAAUCGACAUCCUUCCUCACCAAAUACUCAAUAGACAACGCCUCACUCCCAGAUUACUCCAUCACGACUUUGUGGAGCUCUUGCGGCAACCGUUGGAUCCCAGUGAGAAGCUGGUCCCAGCGGUGGCGGAGCUUUGGGAAGACGAGAGGAGGAGGCGGUUACUCAAAGGACUGAGUAUUGGGACAGCCGAGAUGAUGCCGAAAGGCGGAGGCAUGGACGGACGGUCGAAAGAAGAGCUGGGGUACAAGGUCAAGAAAGAAGGUGCCGCUACCAAUGAGAAACCACACUUUGGCGGAGACUGGAAAAUCUCAGAGGAACUAUGGGAGAUACUCGAAGAACGGAUGGCCGCCGAGAGAAAGAAACGCGGACCGUUGACGUUUGAACAGUUUGCCAAGAAGAGUGCUUCCGGUCAGAACGGGGAAAAGCUCAUGUGGGACAAGUGGAUCAUGACAACGUUUGAAGCUGUCUCGGCGCUUUGGCCCAAACAACCUCGUAAAAUACCACGGCAGACGCCAAAGCCCACGACGCAGUUUGGGAUCGUUCCGCCCAACACUGCAUCUUCGCCUACCCGGAAGGCACGAUUCUCGGAAGACGAUCCGUCCCCUUCGACUCCAACUAGCAUGCCUAGGAGGGGUGUCGCCUUCGAUGUCCCAGAGUCAUUAGACCCCGUUCACGAAGAUUUUGAUUGGGCCGACGAAGAUGAGGAAGCAAACCCCUUCGAAGCUUUUGCCAUGACCCAAGCAUCCCAGCAAUUUCCACCCCAACCUGAACUCUCCCAGCGUGUCCAGCCCACGAACUAUCAGGAGGACGAUGAACACGAUCUCUAUUAUCCCGAGAACGAAGACGAGCGCGCAGGCUUGGGAGAAGGGGACGACCAAAUGGACGCGAAACAGGCCAAAGUGCAUGCCGAAGAGACUGAGAAGAUUCGGGCUACGCAAAUGCCUGCCCCACAUGCAGAUGGUGACGACUACGACGACGAGGAGAUGGAUGAUGUAUUCCGACAGACGGUCGCUGCUGGACUGGGCGUUGAGAGCGUCCCUACUACUCCGAACAAGGGCAGUAGGUGGGCGGGAUGGACACCCACAAAGCGCUCCGGAAGCUCUACGGUUGGCGCCGAGACCAGGAAACGGAAACGAGAUCAAGCCGUUCUGGAUAAUGCGGGACUUGGAGACCUGAGUACCAUCUUUGAUCGGUCUUCUGUAUCCUUAUCCCCUUUCAAAAAUCCAUACGACGAUAGACCGCAGGCCCCCUCUACGCCGACCAGAGCCCAAAGCCCUGCGACCGGCUUGAUCACCCCCAACUCGCUAAUACGCAACAUGUUUGCUAGAAAUAGGCAACCAUCCCCCUUCAACUCGCCUUCGAGGAGAAAAACCCCCACAUCCAGAUACAACACCGCCGACGUGAUCACGCUGCCUAAAUCCAAAAAAACGCCCGGUCCGAUAACUUCGUCUCCCGAAGAAGAGGUUGUGAAGCAUGGUAAGACCCCGUUCAGACCCAGUCUGCAACAACGGCUGGCUGAGGAAUCACAAAAGUCGACACAGAAAGGUAAAGCUCCAACCCAGGAAGAGGAUGAUCUCUUCUUCGGGCCUGAUCCCACUUUUGAGCAGAUUCAAGCGAUUGAGCUCUCUUUGCCGCCAGCGGGAGGUGGUCUUUACGAGCCACCGAGAGGAACGCCCGCGCGUACUGCUGUCCCAACAACGAACGCAGGUAAUCAGGUUGACGGCCAUGAUGAGCGGGGCAACGCCACAACACAAGGCGUCACCAAACAACAAGCCUCAAAAGGUCAGGAUAUUGAGCCUACGAUGCCUGGUGUCAGCCCUACCUUCAAAGACAGCAUCUCCUCUCAUGAACACUCUCACCCAUCUAUCGGCAGCCAGAAAGAGCUGCGCCCCCGCAAACGGGUGAAACUUGACGAUGCUGUCCAUGAGAUUGGCGGUCCGUCUUCCAAAAGCAACAGCCGCCCUUCCCAGUCAACAGGCAUAUCUUCCAGUCCUUGCCUACCUACCAUGGGCAAAGCUUGGCGGUUUCUCCCGCCACCUCCUACGAGCGAGUUCGUAGUCGGCAACAUGGAAGAAUAUAGUGUUCCUUCUGUGGAAUACCAAGAGCCAUUCUACAGCAAUCCAGGAGACAUCCCAAAGCCGAAAAUCCUGGGUGGUAGAAUGUUCAGUUUCAAGUCUGACAAGGCAGAGCAUCUGGAGGACUUUGAAUUUACUACGGCGACCCUUGACAGCGGAAAGAAGAAGCGGGGUCGUUCGAAAUCGAAAGAAGUUCACGAAGCCUCACGGACAAAGAAAACGUCGUGGAAAGCUGGCUGGGAGUAUAGCGUCAUGCCGCCAAAUGCAAGAGAUGUCGUUGCUUGGUGUGACAAGGCCGAUGACUUGGCACUUUCAAUGUUCGAGAGGAAAGAGAAAAAGACCUCUCAGCUUGUGCACCCAACCCAAAAGAACAAAUACGGGGUCAAGUUUUCGCAAAAGAAAAAGGCCAGAGACGCUUCUGCAGAAGCUCAGAACAUGACUGUCCUAAGCCUUGAAGUCUUUGCCCAGUCCCGUAAUCAGCUUCUGCCCGAUCCGGAAAAGGAUCCUGUCACUGCAAUAUUUUACUGUUAUCAAAACGAUGAUGAUGAUCUUCCUGAUACUACCGUCCACCCUGGUUACUACGCCGGCUAUGUGGUGAUUGGAGAGCUCGCAAACCCUUCACGAUUCCGUCUCGAUGGUGUCGCUUUUGACGUGGUCGAAAGCGAAUUGGACCUAAUAAACUGGGUUACAGAAAACACAAAGUAUUGGGACCCAGAUGUGUUGGCGGGUUGGGAGCUGCAUAACUCAUCCUGGGGUUAUCUGGCCGCCAGGGCUCAUCAUGAGUUUGGUGCCGAUAUCAUGGAAGACUUGUCGAGAGUCGUAUCAGGACGCUCAGGUCGCAAGAACGAUGGAUAUGCCGCUCAUCACUCGUCAACUUUCAAAGUGGCUGGUCGGCAUACUCUCAACAUUUGGCGCAUAUGUCGGUCAGAGAUCAAUCUCACUCAAUAUAAUUUCGAAAAUGUCGUCUUUCAUCUGCUCCAUCAGCGUAUCCCUCACUACUCCUCGUCUAGCUUGACUGCUAUGUGGAAGAGCCAAACACCAGCACACGCUAGUCGAGUGCUUAAAUACUUCUUUCAACGAGCGGUCAUCAAUGUCGAGAUCAUUGAUCAGGCAGAGAUCAUCACAAAGACUGCGGAGUUUGCUCGUGUCUUUGGCGUUGAUUUUGCAUCUGUUAUGACGCGAGGAUCUCAGUACAAGGUUGAAUCCUUCAUGUUUCGCAUUGCUAAACCUGAAAGUUUCGUCCUUGUAACCCCCUCAAAGCAACAGGUCGGAUUGCAAAAUGCGCCAUUCGCUGUGCCUCUUAUAGCAGAGCCUGAGUCCAAAUACUACACUCAUCCUAUCAUCGUCUUGGACUUUCAAUCACUCUACCCCUCAAUCAUGAUUGCCUACAAUAUUUGCUACUCGACAUGUUUAGGCCGAGUUGAGAAAUUCAAGAACACAAACAAAUUUGGCUUUACGGAUCUGAAGAUAUCUGAGGGUCUUCUGGAGCUUCUGAAAGACUAUGUAAAUGUCACACCAAACGGUAUGAUUUUUGUCAAGCCUGCUGUCAGAAAAAGCUUGCUAGCAAAGAUGUUGACCGAGAUGCUGGACACGCGAGUCAUGAUCAAACAAGCCAUGAAAGGGGCGCGAGGCGACAAAUCUCUAACAUCCAUGUUGAACGCUCGGCAGCUGGGAUUGAAGUUGAUGGCCAAUGUGACUUAUGGUUACACGAGCGCAACAUAUUCUGGACGAAUGCCUUGCAUAGAAGUCGCCGAUUCCAUCGUGCAGACUGGUCGAGAAACGCUGGAAAAGGCCCAGGAACUGAUCCACUCUCGACCGGACUGGGAUGCUCGAGUUGUCUAUGGAGACACUGACUCCCUGUUUGUUGCCCUUCCUGGAAGAUCCAAAGACCAAGCUUUCAAGAUUGGAUUCGACAUCGCCGAAGCUGUCACAGCUAUGAACCCUAAGCCGGUCACACUCAAGUUUGAAAAAGUCUAUAUGGGCUCCGUCUUGAUGGCGAAGAAGCGUUAUGUGGGCUUCAAAUAUGAAAACCCCGAUGACGUUGAGCCUGUCUUCGAUGCCAAGGGAAUCGAAACGAUCAGGCGAGAUGGAUUCCCAGCUCAGCAGAAGAUGGAGGAAGUUUGUCUCAAGUUGCUCUUCCGAACUCAGGAUUUGUCGCAGAUCAAGGACUUUUGUCGGCAGGAAUGGACCAAGAUCUUGCAAGGAAGAGUCUCUAUACAAGAUUUUGUCAUAGCCAAGGAGGUUAAACUGGGCACCUACUCUGAAAAAGGCGUGCCACCUCCUGGCGCAGCGGUAGCCUAUCGACGGAUACUGAAAGAUCCCCGCGACGAACCUCAAUACGCCGAGCGAGUUCCUUACCUGAUCUCUAACGCUGAUGGCCGCCGACUCAUCGAUCGGGCCCGUAUGCCCCAAGAGAUGCUCUCCAAGCGCUCUCUGGGUAUAGACGCCGAGUAUUACAUCCGUAACCUUCUCAUACCGCCUCUAUCUCGAAUAUUUAACCUCGUGGGGGCGGACGUAGAAGAGUGGUAUGAUACUAUGCCGAGGACAAAGAGGGCGGGAAAGUACGAGCGUGAUGGGUCAACGGGGACAGGCAGGGAUGGAGGCCCUGGACGGGGGCGGGGACGGGGCAAGAGAGGAAGAGGUGCGGCUACUGGGUCCAGAAUCGACUCGCAUUUCAAGUCGAGCCAUUGUAUCGUAUGUGGCGGGGAAUGUCUUGAUAUCUUAUGCGUCGCGUGCCGGGACGAACCAUCUACAACAUCCCACACUCUUCUCUCCCGACAAUAUAUCGCGGAAACGAAACUUGCCGACUUGCAGCGAAUCUGCGCGUCAUGUUCCGAUGUACCUCCGGCCGAAAAGAUAUUGUGUGAUUCGACCGAUUGUCCUAUAACGUACGCAAGGGUCGCAGCAGACCGGGAAAUGGAAGAUCUGGCGGACAUUAGGGGUUUGGUGGAGGAGCUAAGCCUGGAAGAUGAGAAGAAAGGGACAAUGAUUUGGUGAAUCUUGCCAUAUACUUGCGUGUUGUUUGUAUCAGUAGUGUAUUGCAUCAUGUAAGACUACCAGAGGCCUGUGGGAGCUUCCCCUGUUCGCCCAUCGUCUUGACGCCUCUCGAGCAGCAUCACCGGUAAAGCUGAUCAGGUCGACAGCUCUGAUCAAC